AUGAGGCCCUGCUCAGAAGACCCCCAGCUCUGCUGGACCUCCUGGCUCCUGGGAUUCAUCAGUCUCCUUCUCAGCAUCUGCAGCACUGGGGCUAAGAGUCCUGGUGCACGUGGUUCUGAAAUUCAGGAUUCUGGAGCCCGUGUUCCCCUGCAGGGGAUCCGAGGAGGUUCUGUGUUGUUUCAUGUGAUCAAGAAGCAAGAAGAUGAACCAGAGGAGGUCUCAUGGGGCUUUGGCCCUAAGUCAAACUACAGUGUCCUGCUGCAAGUCCGCCGUGGGGCAGACACUCCAACCUGGGUCAGCCUCCAGGACAAGUACCAGCACAGGGUCCAUGUGCCCAACAACUUGUCCCUGAAGAUUGAGAACCUGACCUGUGAGGACAGUGGGCACUACCGGGCUCGAGUCAGCUUUACUGGAGGAUUAGAACUUACCCAGAUUUUCCUCCUCACGGUCUACGAGCCUGUGCCCUCUCCCCAGAUUCUGAUGGGGUCAGCAUCCAUCACACCAGACUGGUGCAACGUCACCCUGGAGUGCAGAGCCUCUGGGGCCACAGAAGACCUGAAUGUGACCUGGGAGUACAAGGGCCUCCCCGAAGAAUGGGAGCAGAGAAGGACAUUAGAAUCAGCCUCCAACUCACGCAUCCUGGCUGUGAGCUUGCCUAGAGGCCAGCCCCAUGCCAGUCUCGUCUGUGUGGUCAGCAACCCGGUGGGAUAUAAAACUGCCUCCUUUGACCUUGGGAGAGACUGCGUCCAUGAUUCAGCCAAACAGGUCAAUGCUGAUCUCCUGCCAGGCAUCCUUGGGGCAGUCGCAGCUGUGUUAUUGAUCCUCGGAGGCGGACUAUACCUUUGGAAGACACGUAGGAAGAAGAUGGAGACUGGAAGAGGCAGAUCACAAGAUGAUGAUGAUGAUAGCAUCCAGUGUGCAGAGCUGAGCCAGGAGGAAUCUCAACAGAGCUCGAACAAGUGCAAGGCCUCAGAGAACAGAGAGGACCUGAAGGUGACCUGGGAAAGCAAGGGCCUCCCCAGGGAGCUGGUGUGGAGGACAUUGGGACCAGCUGCCAACUCCCAGAGCCUGCCUGUGAGCCUGCCCCUGAACCAGCCCAGUGCCAGCCUCACCUGGGUGGUCAGCAACCCAGUGGACCAGAAAACUGCCACAUCAGACUUGGGGGAGUCUGUUCCCAUGUGGGAGGGAAGGAAACAGGUUCACAUGGACAGGCCAGUGUUGACAGUCAUCGUAGCGGGCCUGUGGCUGUGCUGUGGAUCCCGGGAGGUGGACUGUGCCAUUGAAAGUGAGGACCCUGCCUGGGUCCUGUGCAGGGCUGUGCCCACCACUCUGUCCAAACGUCCAGGAAAGACCACCCAGGUGGCCACACCCGCGGGUCAGAGACCCGGUGGCUGCCGUUGCAGCACUGCCCACCAGGGGGCGCCGGCCCAGCGCGCCGCUUCUCCCUUCAUCCCUGGAAACUCCCCGGUCUCGGCCCUCAGGACUGCCCCGCCUGACUCCGACCCCAGCGCCGGCCCCGCGGUGGUUCCUUCCCCCCAGGCUUGCCACUUGGUCACCUCCUUCUCUCUCUCCGCCUUCCCCUCCCGCUCCUACCUCUGCCCGGGCUGCGGGCUGAGACCGCCCGGCCUGAAGAAGAGCUCUGGAAAGGGCACGCCGCCCCCGCCCCCCGGGUUUGAGGGGCGGAGGAGUGGGGGACGCGGAGGGGCGGGCGGGGACCAGGACAAGCGGGGGGCGGACUCUGCGCGCACGCCGCUCUGCUCCGGGCCACCAGGAGCCCACGGGGCUGGGGCGGCGGGGCUGCGGCCCCUUAUCAGGGCUCUGUGCCCAGGCCGCACCCGCCUGGCACACACAGCCAGCCCGGAGAGGAGAGACGUCCAGGGAGCCCCCUCCCCACUGCUCCGCAGCCUGGGGGACCGGAGCCAGCUUGGGCUGAUGCGGGUCUCCCCCCACCGCCCUCCAGUACCUCCGUCCGGUCCCCACCCUGAUGGGGCUGCUCUCUGGGCCUCUGAGGCCUGA